GUGCAUCCUGGGUAGGUCACAGUGUGGAGGACUCCAUGUGUUGUCGCCGGUGACAGAGUGGGAAGUGGAGCCCUGACCUGUAACGCGUCCCCCCGGAGAAAGCGCUCAGCCAUGUUCCCUGCCGCCCGGUGCUGCCUGAGACUGCGGGCCGCUGCCUCCUCCGCCUGCCGGCUGGAAAUAUCCGCAGCGAGACUCAUCAGGACGUCGUGUGAGUUGAGGAAUGAAGCUGUGGCCUCCCCGACCCUGGACAGUGGUCCUAAGCAGUACCCCCCCAAAAUCCAGCAGCUGGUUGAUCAGAUUGCCGCUCUGACUCUGCUCGAGGUCUCUGACCUCAACGAGCUGCUUAAGAAAACGCUAAAGAUCCCGGAUGUUGGGAUGAUGCCGGUUGGCGCGAUGAUGCCAGGAAUGGCGGCAGCACCUGCGCAGGCGGCAGAAGAGGAGGAGGCGCCGGCGAAAAAGGAGAAGAGCCACUUCACGGUGAAACUAACGGAGGUCAGCGCCGUGGACAAAGUCAAACUGAUCAAGGAAGUGAAGAACUGCGUGCAGGGGCUGAACCUGGUGCAGGCCAAGAAAAUGGUGGAGUCUCUACCUCAAGAAAUCAGGGCGAACGUUUCCAAGGAGGAAGCCGAGAAGAUAAAGGCUGCGCUGGAGGCGGCGGGGGGGAAAGUCGUGCUGGAAUAAAGCUGUCGGACUGCUUAAGACUCUCUCUUUGUGCGAGGUCGUUACCCGCGGCCCCCGUGAUGUCUUGUUCGAGGCGGGGGGGACUCGGCGGAAGCAGCGCGGAGAUGCGCUCUCCUCUUCUGGCCUCGCCUGAUGAUGUCAUGGUGGUAACACCCUCUUAGGGCGGGGCUUGGUUUGGGCACCGUGGGGCCAACCUUCCAUCCGUGGAUGUUGGCCCCCUGAAGCACUUCCCCCCGUUAUCAUUGUGUUUAAUGUCACUCUAUCUAAUCUCGUUUUAUACAUUAAACUCUUUCCCGAGGCGGCUCCCUGCGCGUUUACCUUCCGAUCGAACGUCUGUCUCUCUGUCCGUUUCUCCUGCCCCGGGCUUUACGAUGUCCGUCUGUCUGUGAAACCUGCCAUUAAAGAGCUCCGUCAUGCAGAA